AUGAGCACCGAAAACGUUCCGCCAAACGAUGAGAGUACAGCCUGGAAGAAUAACCUCAAGUUGCCACCGAAAGAUCUGCGCAUUAAAACAGCUGAUGUGACCAACACGAAAGGGGUGGAAUUCGAAGAUUUCUGCCUCAGCCGCGAUUUGCUGAUGGUCAUCCAGAAGAUCGACCCAAGUAUCAAGAAGAUUCAAGCCCUAAUCAUCGUCCCUACCCGUGAAUUGGCUCUCCAGACAUCCCAGAUUUGCAUGGAGCUAUCAAAGCAUAUCAAGCUAAAGGUCAUGGUUACCACUGGUGGUACGGAUCUGCGCGACGACAUCAUGCGGUUGAACAGUCUGGUCCAUCUUGUCAUUGCCACUCCUGGACGUAUUCUGGAUUUAAUGGAGAAGGGUGUAGCCGAUGUUUCCAGUUGCAAGAUACUGGUAUUCGAUGAGGCUGACAAGCUGCUGUCGCAAGAUUUCCAGGGCGUGCUGGAUCGUAUGAUCGCUUUUCUGCCGAAGGAUCCGCAGGUGAUGCUCUACUCAGCCACAUUCCCGGUUACCGUCACGGAAUUCAUGAGCAAACACAUGCGCAAGCCCUACGAAAUCAACUUGAUGGAGGAGUUGACCCUACUUGGUGUCACCCAGUACUAUGCAUAUGUCCAGGAAAAGCAGAAGGUGCACUGCCUUAACACACUGUUCCGCAAGCUCCAAAUCAACCAGUCCAUUAUCUUCUGUAAUUCGACGCAGCGCGUGGAACUGCUUGCAAAGAAGAUCACCGAAAUCGGCUACUCAUGCUACUACAUUCAUUCCCGAAUGGCUCAGAACCACCGCAACCGUGUGUUCCACGACUUCCGCCAAGGAAACUGCCGCAACUUGGUCUGCUCGGAUCUCCUCACUCGCGGUAUCGACAUCCAAGCUGUGAAUGUCGUAAUCAAUUUCGACUUUCCCCGCAAUGCCGAAACUUAUCUCCAUCGCAUUGGACGUUCCGGCCGCUUCGGACAUUUGGGUAUCGCCAUCAAUUUGAUCACAUACGACGACCGCCACACACUUCGGCGCAUUGAAUCCGAGCUGCGCACCCAAAUCCAGCCUAUCCCGAAGGCCGUCGACCCGAAACUCUACGUGGCUGACGCGCAGAUCUGUGACGCGGAUGAGCCCGAACCACACCAC